AUGGCUCCCGGCCACCAUCAUUCCCGCGAGAAUGGCGAGGCCCACGAGCGCACCUCCUUAUUAGGAGGCGGAAAUAUCCUCGGCCACCACGGCUCCAAGAGCCACAGUGCCACGUGGGAGUUCUUCUUCAACACGAAGCACACGCCCGGCACCGACGACCCCAAGCCCUACGUCAAAUACCCGGCCCACGUAUGGCAUAUCGCGAAGGCUACGCUGCUGAGCAGCCCCGUCAAUAUCCUUCUUUUCGCUGUACCGUUUGGAAUCAUCGCUGGGAACACAGGCUGGGAUCCCGUUGCUGUAUUCGUCAUUAACUUCUUCGCCAUCAUUCCGCUCGCUGCUGUGCUAUCGUUCGCUACCGAGGAGAUAUCUGUGAAUCUUGGGGAGGCGCUGGGUGGUUUGCUCAAUGCCACCUUUGGCAACGCGGUCGAGCUGAUUGUCAGCGUCCUUGCUCUCAGAGACGGCCAGUUCGAGGUUGUCAAAUCGUCCAUGAUUGGCUCCAUCCUGUCGAACCUGUUGCUGGUGAUGGGCAUGUGCUUCUUCAUUGGCGGCAUUGUCAACAUGCGGGACGAGAAUGGCGAGGGAACGGAGCAAUCCUUUGCGACCAUAACGGCUCAGACCACUGCUUCCUUGAUGAUGUUGUCCGCUGCAUCCAUGGUCCUUCCUGGAGCUCUAUUCAUGAUCAUUCGUACCAGCAGUAAAGGAGACGUCGCAGAGCGCGACAGAACCAUCCUAGCUCUCUCGCGCGGCACAGCCGUCAUUCUCCUAACGCUCUACGUUUUGUACCUGUGGUUCCAGCUACGAACACACCACAACUUGUUCGGCAGCGAGCCGGCUGCUGAUGUCCAAGCUGGGCCCGCGCAGAUAGAGUCUGGCGAAGGCGAGAACGGGGCAGCGGAGGCCACCCCUGCAGCCACCGGAAAUGGUGACGAGGAACCCGAGGAGGAACACAUGAGCCCGUGGUCUGCUGGUGGUGUUCUGAUUGUCACAACUGUCCUGGUCGCCAUCUGUGCCGAUUACCUGGUUGAGAGUAUCGAUUCCCUCGUGGAGCGCGCCCACAUCAGUCGCAGCUUCAUUGGUCUUAUUCUGAUCCCCAUCGUUGGAAAUGCUGCGGAGCACGUCACCGCCGUGGUGGUUGCUAUCAAGAACAAGAUGGAUCUGGCCAUGGGAGUCGCUAUUGGCUCGAGCAUUCAGAUCGCCCUGUUCGUGACGCCCUUCCUCGUCAUUCUCGGCUGGAUCAUGGACCGUGGUAUGAAUCUACACUUCGAGACUUUCGAAACUGUGGCUUUUGCCCUGUCCGUUCUGGUGGUCAUCUACACCGUCCAAGAUGGAAAAUCCAACUACCUUGAGGGUGCUAUGUUGAUGGCCUUGUACAUUAUGAUCGCCUUGGCAUUCUUCGUCACACCCAGCGAAUACUUUGACGCUAGUGAGGCUACUGGAGUGGCAGCCAAACUCGUCGAGUCUGCGCGUCGCUCUGUCGCUUGGUAA